GGGGGUUGGGGGGGCUCGGCGGGGCGGCAGGCGGGCGGGGCGGGGCGCGGCGGGCGGAGUCGGCCCCGUGCUGACGUUGGCAGCCGGAGCCCGAGCAGUCGCCGCCGCUUCCUGCCCGCGCGCUGCACGCUCCCGCCGGCCCGCCGGCCCUUCUGCGUCCUCGUCGGCCCCGCUGCGCGGGCACCCGGAGCGGCCGCGAGCCAGUGCACGGGGUGGCCGGCCGCGCUCGGGGGGCGCCGCGAAGAUGGUCGCCAAGCAGCGGAUCCGGAUGGCCAACGAGAAGCACAGCAAGAACAUCACCCAGCGCGGCAACGUCGCCAAGACCUCGAGAAACGCGCCCGAAGAGAAGGCGUCGGUAGGACCCUGGUUACUGGCCCUCUUCAUCUUCGUGGUCUGCGGCUCCGCCAUUUUCCAGAUUAUUCAAAGUAUCAGGAUGGGCAUGUGAAGUGACUGACCUUGAGAUGUUUCCACUCUCCUGUGAAUUUUAACUUGAACUCAUUCCUGAUGUUUGAUCCCCGGUUCAAAACAAUUCAGUAAAGCAUCCUGCCUCAGAAUGACUUUUCCGAUCAUCCUUCCUGUGUCAUUCCAAGGUUUCUUCUCCAGUCAUUCCAAGUUUUCUAGUCCGUACCGCAGUGCCUUGCAAAAGCACCACAUGAAUAAAGCAAUAAAAUGUGUUAAGUUACAGUAGUGGACCCUACUUAUUCAGUCAGUAAAGAGUUAACAUUUUUUAGAUGUGGUUAUUUUAAAAAAAAGAGAGAGAGAGAGAAAAGUAUCCAGCCUGGAGAACUAAAUUAAAGCUGCAUGUAUAGACAGGGUCUGGAAUUUGCUAACUAAACGCGUGAGUGGAGUUAGUGUGGUUUCAGGUUUGAAUCCUCGCAGAGCCUCGGGUCGAGGCGAUGUAUUCCUGCUAUCUCUUGAAUUGCAAGCACAGUCUUCCGUAGGGUCAUGUAACUUAACGGUCCAGUAAUAAGGUGCUUUGAGGCGGGACCGCUCUGCUGGCCGCCUAGUUUUGCCCACAAUCUUGAGCACCUGAAACAUGUUUAAAAAAAAAAAAAUCUCGCUUCUAAAUGCCUAAUCGAAGGGGAGAUGCUUCUAGCCACACUCUGUAUUCUAACAAUGUCAUUUCUGUUACGCUACCGUGGAUUUUGCAUGAAUGAACAUACUAACCCAAGAUGCCGUGAGAAAACUUCGGUUGAACGUGUUUUUUUGCAACUCGGUCGCUUCGGGUCUCCCUGAAGUCUGCCACGGUGCGGUGAAGGCAGCGGUGGGCUGUGACGUCAUCGGUUUCAGCAGAACAGCUCUCGAUCCCAGGGCUGGAGACUGCCCGGCCUCGCCAGGAGGUAGAAUUGAGUCCAGUGUGUCACGUGACAUCUUAGCAUGCUAUUAGCACUUUUGACUACCCAAAAAAGGCACAUCAACUUUUAAAAAAAAAAAAAGUAACGCUUCUUUUGGAAAUGCUGUCCCUAGAUGUAUGGUCGAAAUGCUCUAAGGGUACUAAAUUGAUCAGACUCAUCAGGAGUUCAGUGGAUUCGCUGAGAAGGAUCAGUCUUAGACAGUCUUCCCUCCAUUGUGUGAUUCUAUAGGUUGAUCAAACAUAAUUUACUCCUGGUGAGGGUGAGGGAGUGACAAGGCAGGCGCAGUUUCCUGGUACUGUUACAAAUGACAAGUGUUGGCUAUCUAGAUCCUUUGCCAUGACUUGAACGAAGUUCUCAGAGGGGUGUCUGGAUUCAUGAGCUGCUCAGAAAGCUGCUGCUUUGCUUCGAUGAUUGCCUCAGGAUAUCUCUUUUAAAAUAAGCUGUUGUAAGAGGAUCAGAAGGGAAACGGGCUACCUAGUUCAUACACAGUGCAGACCUCUGAGAGUUUCCAGUGCUCCCUGGCACGGGGGUGAGGGAGAGAAGUAAGGACUUGCUGGAACCUGAUCGCUUUGGAGUCAGAGGGGUCAGCUGUCCUAGGGCCAGUAGGCUUUUAUCCGCAUUGCUACCUGCCUAUCCCACCAGGGAACUCAACCCGCGUUUCCCUCCUUCAAACAAAUGUGUUGCUGAACUGAAUCUAUUUUAUUUUGAUUUUUAAAAUGAAAGUUAACUGUCUGAAAUUCAUAGCAGGUGCCUUAUUCUUUGCUUUUGAGUCGAAUCAUUCCAUAUCAGUUUUCCUUGGUUUACUAUAGAUAAUUAGCUUUAAAAAAAAUGUAUGAUGUCUUUAUUAACUUGAAUGUUAAAGUUGCAUUCCCUUUGUAAUUCAUGUGUAAUUUACCAAUUGAAUGCAUUUUAUAUUAAGAAUGGACUCUGGAUUAUGCAUGUUUGGGUCAAUGAAAGCUGUGUCUGAUUUAUCCUUUAAAAAUAAAGUUCCCUGAAUAUUUGCUAUA